GCUACGCAGGCCCAACGAAUGCGCAUCUCACGGACGUGGUACUAACGAAGUGUUACGAUACUGUGCGCUGUAGUGUUGUGAUUUCGGAAAAACGGUGCGUCCUAAGAUAAAUGAAAGAUGGUGGUGGGAGCGAAGAAGACGUUACAGCAGGUGCCGAGCAAGGGCCGGAUCUCUAUUAUGAAGAUACAGAACUUCACUGUACAGAAGAGACAGUCUGUGAUCAAAGUAGUAUAUGGAACAUUGCUGGCUAUAUUAGCAAUGGUUUCUGUUAUUAUCGACCCAGUUAAGAUUUUUACAAAUUGGUACUUGGAUAUACAAGAAGGCAAGUUUAUCUUCAAGAUGUGGGAGAACCCUACGUACCAGUUAUUCUCAGAAGUUUAUGUCUUCAACUAUACGAAUGUCGACCAGUACGUAAAAGGAAUUGAUAAGACAAUGAAGUUACAAGAGAUCGGACCAUUUAAAUUUCAAGAGUUCCGAACAAACAGGAACUUGACGGUAGACCACGAGGCAGGCGUGAUGCGAAUGAGACCCAACAUCGACCUGGAGUUUUUGCAGCACGAGUCAGUCGCACACUACAAAGAUGUACACGUGACUAUGCCUAACAUAGCACUUAUUGCUAUCAGCACACUAAUGGCGGACAGACUGGGGUACUUCGCCAAUGCGGGAGCUUACUACUCGAUAGCAGCACUCGGUUCCACUCUCUUCAGGAAUAUGACAGCCGAGGAACUUCUCUGGGGGUAUACAGAUCCAAUCGUAUCCAUUGCUAAUAAAUUGCUACCGGGAUGGAUUGAUUUUCAGAAGAUAGGAAUCUUAGAUCGUUUCUACGCGAAACGCCCAGACACAGCUGAAGUGGAGAUCGGCGAUGAAUCAAGAAAAUUCUCCUUAAACACCUGGAACGAGUCCCCAGGUCUAGCGGAACAGGGUUACACUGAUUUUAAUACCAGCAUCCCAUGUAAUCGUAUCAGAGGUGCCUACGAGGGUCUGAUGCUUCCCCCCAAGAUAUCGAAGGACGCAGUAAUACCAAUAUUCAGGAAGCAGGCCUGCAGAAUAUAUCCAUUUUCCUUUGUAGAUGAGAUGAACGGAGAAUAUGGGUUCAAUUUUUACAGAUUCCAACUCCAAGAGUCGGCAUUUAAUAAAACUUCAGAAUACGCCUGCAAAUGUAGUAAAAAUUGUCUCCCGGAUGGCUUCGUAGACGUCAGCAAUUGUUAUUAUGGUUUCCCCAUAGCGUUAUCAAAGCCUCACUACGUGGCCGUCGAUGAACAACAGAAGACGUACUUCGAAGGCAUGAAUCCUGAACCGGAAAAGUAUUAUUCACAACUUGACGUUGAACCGACAGUUGGAGUACCUCUGGCCCUCUCCAUCAACGUUCAGAUAAACGUGGCAGUCCGGACUUCUGCGGGGAAUCCCAUCACUAAACCUGUGAAGGACAAAGUCCUACCUAUCAUGAGGAUAUCAUUGUAUUGCAAAGAGGCACCUCCAGAAGUAAUCCAAUUAUUACGUCUUCGUUUCGUCAUCGCCCCACCAAUAGUGCUCACAGUUCAACUACUUCUCUUCAUCAUUGGUACAUUCUUCGCGAUCCAAGGCGGGUACAGAAUAUGGAAGCCGAGAUACAAAUUGAUCCAGCAACAAGAGAAACCUAAAGUAAGAAGGAAGAGUACUGAAAGACGUAGAAGCAGUAUUAUUUUAAACAUGUCUGAUAAUUCUGCAUUCAAAGACGAUGAUGAUUUAGCUAAGGAGGCAGUCUCACUGCUAGCUAUCACAGAAGAAGAUGGGGAUUUACCGGAUUUACUUGUUGACUCCUGAAUACAAGCUGUAUGACGUCAUUUUGUAAUUUUACAAUUUUAAAACUCGAAUUAUUUCAGCGUUUCUACUGAUGUAAAUGAAGUAACUGUUACUGCAGUUUCCUCCUUUUAAACAGCUGAUUAUUACGAUCACUUUGUAUA